UUUAGAAGAAGCUCCUUCUGAAUUCUUCACAUCUGCAUAUUUUCCUGAGGGUGGACCUUUGCUGGCGCCUCUCCCUCCUAUAUAUGCCUCACCGUAACGAGAGGAGCCUCCACACCUCUCCCUCUGCGAUUCUGCAGGAUUCCCUCACUUUCUCUUUCUAUAUUCUCUCUCUCUCUCCACGGAGAACCUAGCAAGGGGAAAACCAAUCUCCUUUUCGAUCUGUUUUGUUUCAGGAGAAUUCAGAGCUAAGUAAAACAACAGAGAAAUGGCUUCGCAUCCGAAAAAUGUUGGAAUUCUCGCCAUAGAAAUCUACUUCCCUCCCACAUGUAUCCAGCAGGAAACUUUGGAGGCCCAUGAUGGGGUGAGCAAAGGGAAAUACACGAUUGGGCUAGGUCAAGAUUGUAUGGCGUUUUGUACGGAGGUGGAAGAUGUCAUCUCGAUGAGUUUGACAGCUGUCAGUUCCCUCCUUGAGAAGUAUGGAAUUGAUGCGAAGCAAAUUGGACGCCUUGAAGUGGGCAGUGAGACUGUCAUAGACAAGAGCAAGUCCAUUAAGACCUUCCUAAUGCCAAUCUUUGAGGAGUGUGGAAAUACUGACAUUGAAGGUGUUGACUCAACCAACGCUUGCUAUGGUGGAACUGCUGCUUUAUUCAACUGUGUCAAUUGGGUGGAAAGUAGUUCAUGGGAUGGACGCUAUGGACUUGUGGUGUGUACAGACAGUGCGGUCUAUGCAGAGGGACCAGCUCGACCUACUGGUGGUGCAGCAGCUAUUGCUAUGCUUAUAGGGCCUGAUGCACCGAUAGCAUUUGAAAGCAAAUUGAGGGGAAGCCAUAUGUCUCAUGCUUAUGAUUUUUACAAACCUAACCUUGCAAGUGAAUACCCGGUUGUUGAUGGAAAGCUCUCACAGACUUGCUAUCUCAUGGCACUUGAUUCUUGCUACAAAAGUUUCUGCAAAAAGUACGAGAAAUUGGAGGGCAAACAAUUUUCAGCUGAUGAUGCUGACUAUUUUGUGUUUCAUUCUCCAUAUAACAAGCUUGUUCAGAAGAGCUUUGCGCGGUUGGUGUUCAGUGAUUACUUGAGGAAUGCAAGCUCUGUUGAUGAGGCUGCUAAAGAAAAGCUAGCUCCAUUUUCAUCUCUAACUGACGAUGAAAGCUACGCAAGCCGUGAUCUUGAGAAGGCAUCCCAGCAAGUUGCAAAGCCACUAUAUGAUGCAAAGGUUCAACCAGCCACAUUGGUACCAAAACAAGUCGGCAACAUGUACACUGCGUCUCUGUAUGCCGCAUUCGUGUCUCUUAUUCACAACAAGCACAGCUCAUUGGUGGGGCAACGAGUAGUAAUGUUCUCAUAUGGCAGUGGUUUAACCGCGACCAUGUUUUCCUUCAAAAUCCGUGAGGGUCAACAUCCUUUUAGCUUGUCAAACAUCGCAACUGUGAUGAACGUUGGUGGGAAAUUGAAGUCAAGGCAUGAGUUCCCUCCAGAAAAAUUUGUCGAAACCAUGAAGGUGAUGGAGCAUAGGUAUGGGGCCAAGGACUUUGUGACCACUAAGGACUGCAGCCUUCUAUCUCCGGGCACCUACUAUCUCACUGAAGUUGACUCCAUGUACCGAAGAUUCUACACCAGAAAGGCUGUGUCUGAUAAUGUGUCAGUGGCGAAUGGUCACUGAGAAUAGGCUGAGAUGUAAUGCAAGAAGUUAGCUCAACUAUCUCUUUAGACGAUGUAAUCGCCAUGUAGAAGAAUAACUCUGCUUCCGUGGGUAUGUUUCAAGGAGCAACUAGUUUGUUGGCUUAGUGUUGUCAGUUUACAUGUAAUCGAUUUCAUUUGUCCGCCAAGUGUUUUAAGCACUCAUAUGUGUCCCCGUUAAGCAAUUUGGAUGGUGAUUGUUGUAAUAUCUUCAAUCUUUUCUACGUUUAAAUGGAAAAUUCCGCCAUGCAUAUCAA